GCUCCAUUCUAUAAAUUCUGAUCUAUUUCCAUACAAAAACUUCAAGUGAGGAAAUCUGGUCUUCACUACUGCGUGUGCUGUGUGUGAGAGAGACAAAUACAAAUACAAAUACAAAAAUACAAUGUGUUCUGAGGUCUUUGGUUUUGACAUAAAUUAUUUUGUGUACGAAACAUCUUCUCCUAAGGCUAAGGCUACUCAUGAUGAAGAUUACCUUUUCUUGGAGAGUAGCUCUUGGGAAGAAAUUGCAUCUCUUGUGGUGUCUUCAUCCGAGCUCAGAGAUGCAGUCAUGGAGGUGAAGACAGGGGAAUCCCACUUCAUGCACACCAAUUAUCAUGCCCAAAAUCACCAACUUUUUCACUUUGAUCGUGUUUGGGACUCCAAAAACCACUUCUUGCAAGUGGUAGCUCCAUUUAGUAGUGAGAAGUCAUUAAUGGAGGAAGGCAAUUUUAAGGUGGGGAAAUACAACAAGGAAGAGAGGAAAUGGAGGAUUGAUAGAUACCGAGCUAAAAGGACUCGAAGAAAUUUCAACAAGACCAUUAAGUAUGCAUGCCGGAAAACAUUAGCCGACGGCCGGCAAAGAAUACGUGGCCGAUUUGCACGCAACGAUGAGGUCGGAGAAAUUCUUGAAGCAUCAUUGUUUCAAAGAUGUGAAGAUAAAUAUGAUCUUUAAUUGGGUAAUAUUCUCUAUAACAU